AUGUCGAAACUAGUUAGACGCGCAAUAAUCCCAGCCAUCACUCUACUAGUAAUCAUAUGCAUAACAAUACUAGAACGAACAAGAUCAAACACUUCCUGGUAUGACAAAUCGAACCAAAUAUAUGAUUCAUUGACCCACUUUACAUUUUCAUCCCCUUAUCAAACGCAAUCAUCGAGUCCCAACUAUCAAGCGCCACCAUCAACACCAUCACCACCGCAACAACAACCCUCAAAUCAACAGGGCAUUGAUAAGCAAAGUACAGAAAACGAAGAGCCAAAAGAAGAACCCAAAGAGGAGACGCCAGACCCAUGCACUGUUAAAAACCCACUAAACCAAGGAUUUAUUGAUUUAAGAGGCUUGUCAGCUACAGGCAACGAAAACAAACCGGCACCCUGGAAAUCUCGUGGAUAUGAUUCGGGAAAAAAUUUCACAAUUGGUAUAUGUUCAAACCCCUUCAAACAAUCUCAUAAUGAGCUCAAUGAGAUCCAAGAUAGUGUCAACUCAACCAGGAUAGGAGCAUACUACGUCGACCCAAAAACGAACAAGUAUGUGUCCAUUGGAGAAUACUCAACCCAACCUAUGUUCAGAGGACGUAAAUUGACAUUGACAUAUGAGAAUGGAUCCUUUUGCAAUGCGUAUGAUUCAGCUUCCGGGGCUCGGUUGCGGAAAUCUACAAUUUUGACCUUCACUUGCGAUCGUGAAAUGUCAGCCAAGGCUUCUGUUUCGUACGUGGGGAGUGCCAAUGAUUGUACAUUCUUUUUUGAAGUGAAGAGUCAUCAUGCUUGUCCCACUGCUGCAAAGGCAAAUAACAUGGCUGCUGCUUGGAUCUUUUUGGUUAUAUUUUUGGCUGCUUUGGCUGUGUAUUUCAGUGGGGGGUUGCUAUAUAAGCAUAUGAAGGCUAGUAAGAAGGUAGAUGGAGGUGUAUUUAAAGCGUAA